AUGAAUAACAAACCAGAAACAACAGAAAAGGAAAAAAUAAAAGUUGAAACUGAGGAUGGAAAUUACAAUCUAGCAUUGAUGCAAGUAGAAAUUAACUUUUUUGUUACAGUUGCUAUAUUUUUUGCUGGGAAUGUAACUUAUAUCGCGUACUUCCUAACCUUUAGCGAAUUCAACUUAUUAAAAGAUGAUGAUAGUUGUGAUGAAAUUGAAUACUUGUGUAAUUCAAGUCUACAAAGUGCAGUGAUAAUAGGUAAAUUAGAAGAAUUUAAAUCAAUGGUACAAGAGCUUGAGAAAGAACGACAUUCUGUGGGUAAUAAUAUCAAAAUUAUAAAACCUACAAGAACAUUAACUUGUGCUGUAUUAACUCAAUUUUAUUCUUUAGUACAAGAUUAUAUUACAGUUUUAGAAAAAAUAAGCGACAAAUAUAAUUGCUCUCGUCGAAAUGAUCAUGAUUAUGGAGAUAUUAAAGAUGAUCGAUUAAAGGCUCUAAAUAUAUUACCAACCGCAUUAACUAAUUGUUUAAUGGGAUUUAUACAGAUUCUAGGGUUUGUUAAAAAAUUGCCGUCCAAUGCAAAUAAUAUUGAAAAUAAUAAUAAUAAUAAUAAUAAUAAUGUAGAUGUGAUAAGCAAUAAACAAAUUGAGGUAUUGUUAUCGAAUUUAAGAGAUGAUUUGAUACCUAAUUGGGUAGUUGAAGUAGAAUAUUUGCAUAUAAUUAUUGGUUUAAAUUAUUGUUUAGACCCUUUAAUCUACGGUGAAGAAAAUGCACACAGGUUAUUAAAAUCACUAUCUGCUAAUGAAUCAACAUUCAUUGAAAUUGUGGAUUUAAUAGUAGGUAAGAAGACGGACCCUGGCAAGAGCAAGAUGAGUGAUUUAAGUGCAUUGUAUGACAAGACUUCUGCAGAACAUAUUAUAAAACAUGAGAAGAAUAAAGUUAAAUUAUUAACUGAUAUUAACGCUUGUUAUGGCCUAGUAACACAGAAGUAUUCUAAAAUUAUAGAACAACAAUUUAUAAAAUAG